AUGGCUGCCCUCUCCUUUUUCUUCUUCGCCUUAGCUUUCCUCCCUCUCUUACACAUUUCUUCAUCAAAGCCUGACCCUGGCUUUUCCUACCAACCAUCUUUCUCCUUCGCCAAGUUCGAAGAGUCCGGAAACAAUUUGGGCAUCUCUCUUUUAGGCGACGCUCGCUUCUCUCGGGUUGAUGCUGCCAUCAGGAUCACUAACGGAUCAUUCCCAAGCUCCGGCCGGGUUCUCCAUAUGAGUCCCAUCGAGAUGUUCCGCGGGAAAUCCAGGCUCCCCAUUUCCUUCUUAUCCUCCUUCUCCUUCUCGAUCUCCCCCGGCAAUGGCGGUCUCCUCGCGUUCGCCUUCUGGCCGACAGGGACUUCAUUCGACCUCGCGGACGGAAGCGAUGGUGGAGGAACUUCAAAAGGUUUCGUCGUUCGAUUGGAUGCUUCAAGCGAGACCAUCUCCGUUCGAAUGAGUGAUGUCCCGAGGGUGGGCUUCGUGAGCAAUGAGGGGGAGCGGUUGCACUGUUGGAUCAAGUACAACUCUGGUUCGAGGGUCAUCGAGGUUGGAGUUGGCAAUUCGAGUGAGUACCGGCGUUUCAGCCCUGUGAUUUCGUACUCGGCCGAUCUCUUGACGCUUUGGGACGACAAGAUGCUUGUUGGUAUUGGUGCUUCGAGCACGAACUCCUCCCAGAUCACCACUCUAUACUCAUGGAGCUUCAGAAAGCGCUAUUCGGCCUUCACGUUGCACUCGGACCCUUUGGACCCCCGUAAUUUCGCAAAAGUCGGCGAAGAAGUUGCGAAGCAGCCGAGGAAGAGCAAUGCAGCGGGUGUUUUUGCUGCCUUUGUACUGGGUGCUGGAUGUGCUGCCAUGGCUGCAGCGGCAUUGCUGCUGAUGAGAUCGUUCUUGGCCAAGAAAAGUUCCAUCGGGCCGUCAAAGUUCGCAGUUGCUCCAGCCAAUCUAGGUUACGAGAAGAUCAACAUUGUUAGAGAUAACAUUGUUUAUGAUGCCAAGGAGUAA